AUGGCUCCCCCGUAUGACUGGCUUGACGCUCAUAAGGAAGAGGAGGACGAGUCGCGCUGGGAGUCCUUUUAUGAUGACCUGACCGCAGACCCCGCGGCAUCAACCCCAGGACCUGAGGACCCGUAUACCACGGACGACGACCACGAACCGCACACGGGGAUGCCUCACUUCACGGGACCCUACACCAAGUCGUUCUCGAGACCGCCCUUUGGGUCGUCAUUCACUGGAAUAACGCAGCCUACAGACACUUUCGUCACGUCGCCCUAUAGUGGCUCACCAUAUCCCGAGCAUACAGGCGCCUCAGCUUCUGUAGGGUCCGAUGGGAGCCCGUUGCCUUCCGCAAGUCAUGCCGACGGCUUCAGGACGGAUUCGCCUGACGGAGCAAGAAAGGCACAGUCGCACCACUCAGCCUUGUAUGCUGCUGCCGGAAUCGUGCCGGUAGUGGCUCUGAUCAUUAUCGGUGCCGCCAUCUUCUUCUGUCUGCGAAAGAAAAGGAAGCAGAAACAGAUUGCUGCUACUCAGGCUCAAGUUCAGCAGAUGAAGGCGAGGAGCAAUCCUAUCGGGACCAACCCCAUCGUGUCAGCUUUUGCACAAAUGGCAUCACCUCCCGUACCUCCCCGGCAGCCUUCGUACACUGGUCCUCCAAGUCACCCACCUCCUGCUAGUCCGACCUCUGCCCAGCCUGUCAUUCUGGGCCCAAUUUCAUCGGGCGCCAACGGCAACUACAUGACCGGUAUCGAUACCUCGGACGUCGUGUCCGUGACCAACAACGAGCGCACCGGCCUUGGUGAUCCGUUCGCCGACGGCAACAGCCUCAACGAAGAGCCGCCCCCACCAUACCGGCCUCGAAGCGUCGCUCCGUUGUCGCGCGACACGAGCCUCCGAGUGCCUCAAGCAGCCACUUCAUCGCAAACCAACCUUGUGGGCCGCCACGAGCAGCCCGAACGAUCGCCGUUUGACGACCCCGAAGACGACGAGGCGGUGUCAGACAUCUCAGGGCCUACUCUUCGAAGAGACCAGGACAACAUAUCAACGGAUUGGCACCUUCCCAGUCCUUCCUCCACUCCAAAGUCCCUGACCUUUCCGGACUCGACGCUGAAGACGCCCAAGACUGAGGCCUUUCCUCAGUCGCACUUCCUCGACGCCUGGUCAACCCCCCGAGUCAAUGGGCACAAGACCCCCGCCCAGACGCCGUCCUUCACCCUCUCGACGCCCAUAGACCGGCCGUCCAGUUCGUAUAGCCAGAACGCUCGCACUCCCGAAGACCCAGAAUUCCAUGUCAACCAUUUUGCCGCGAGCGCUCUACCACUGCCCCCUGUCGACCCUUCACGCCGGCUGUCAUCCUCGCCAGACCCGCACUCCGUGAAACAGACUAGGCCCACCCUGCGCGAGAACCCAUCAUCUCGGCCCCGGCCAGUCAGUAUGGACACUUCGCAGAUGCAGACACCGCCCCCGACGAGGGAUGCUACAUCGAGACGGAGCUUGCAGCAGCAUGCGGGGAACGAGUUCGCUACACCGGCUACUGUGAUAGCGCGGACUCCAGGCCAGGCGCCACCAUCGGCGGGUCUCUUCAACCAGACGCCGUUUGGAUUCCCAAGUCUGCAGUUCUCCCCAGAUAUGGUCCAGUUUCCCAGCACGGGUCCGAUGUCUGCGCCGCCUUUGCCGCACUCUCGGUUAUUCUGGGAUCAACCGAGCGAGGGCAACCAAAUGGACGUAGACAUGCCCCUUGCAUCAGAUCCUUUCGGUCCGACGCCGCACAAGAUUGAAGGAAACCUGAAUUGGCAAUCGUUUCACACACCAGCUGACAAUCAGAUGAAUCCUCAGGCUUUCCAGGCCCUUCAUGGCAUGUCGUCACCAGGACCGAUGACCUCUUUUGCAACCAGCCACGGUGGGGGUGGACAAAACUCAAGACCCGCUUCAUUCAUCUCAACGUCUGGUGGCGUCGACCCUAGCAUGCUUUUUAGCUUCUCGAGCCCUGGGCCUAACGCCUCGUUCGACCACUCUAUGCCGCAUGCGAGCAAGCAGGUUGACCCUAGACAGCCGUAUGAGACACAGCUGCUGGACUCUAUGCGAGAAAGGGAGUUGACCAGGAAAGCAAAGAGCCAGCAUUCUCGUACCAGUACCAAUUCCUCUACCGCCUCGUUUGAACAGGCCAGGCCCGGCUUGCAAAGAAGUAAUACCGACAGCGGUUUCAGGAAGAGUAGGCCGUCGUCGAUGGAUUCGAGGUCAUCAGGGGCAGGUUCCAGCCAUAACAUCCCUCGUCGUUCUUCCCCUCUUAAACGGCAGAGUGGUGGCUCACUCAUGGCCAUUCCGGAGGUUCGCAGACCUCGAACCCGCCUUGUCAUCGAUGAGACUGGUCGAGCUAGGACGGAGACUGUUCCCGCCGAUGAGGAUGAACGGGACACCCGUAGGGACUCUCAAAAGGAUUUGAGGCGCCAGUAUCCCGGUCUUUGGGCUGAGGAUGACAGUGAGUCAGAGCCAGAGGAACCCGUCACGCUAAGCCGGAACGCUUCAUUCAACCUACCUCAACGCCGGCCUUCGAAGCACGCUCGGACCGACAGUGGCGAACUUAACCGAUCCACUUCAUUUAAGAUACCAAGGCCGUUGUCAAGACCGUCGUCUGGCGUCUUUGAUAAGCCCUCCUUUGAGACAAUACGCCCUGUUAGGAAAGCGCCAGAUAACGCCCAUCGAAGAUUUAGCAUGAUGGACUUUCCUACUUCUUUCGGCGAUAUCAAGGAGAACGAGGAUCAGCAGAUGCCGGAUUCGCCCGGUGAUGCCUUGGGAGCGUUGAAGAAGGUUGUCGAAGGUCGGCAGAAGAGGAUAGAACGCACAGCCCACAAUACCCUCAAAGCACACAAUCAGCGCUGGGCGCAAGCCUCUGCAGAUCUCAACACAACUUCCGGCCCCUACGACCCCUUUAGCAACUGUUUCAAUGGUUCACCAGGAAACACCACUGACACCUCCCUCACCACACCGUCAACCGACCGGAGCAGUCUCUCAAGCGAUAGCACACGCUGUGUCUGCAAUGGUAUUGACGAUGGCCGACCUAUGGUCCAAUGCGAAUCCUGCACCAAGUGGUUACACAUGGUUUGUAUUGGCAUGGACGCGAAUAAUCUCCCUCCCGUCUACGUGUGCAUCUUCUGCACCGGACAGACACCAAUUGCAAGGGGUGGUAGAGUCAGAGGCCCCAUACCAGCACCGUUUGACUCGCCCCUCACGCACAAGUCGGUCUACCGACGAUAA